GCUUGGGUACGGGCAGGGCUCUGGGUACAGGCAGGGCUCUGGGUACCGGCAGGGCUCUGGGUACCGGCAGGGCUCUGGGUACCGGCAGGCUGAUGCAGGCAGGGCUCCGGUACAGGCAGGGCUCUGGAUACAGACAAGGCUCUGGGUACUGGUAGGGCUCUGAGUACAGGGAGGGCUGAUGCAGGCAGGGUUCUGGUACAGGCAGGGCUCUGGUACAGAGAGAGCUGAUGCAGGCAGGGCUCCGGUACAGACAAGGCUCUGAGUACAGGCAGGGCUGAUGCAGGCAGGGCUCUGGUACAGGCAGGGUUCUGGUACAGGCAGAGCUGAUGCAGGCAGGGUUCUGGUACAGGCAGGGCUCGGGGCAGCCCCUGUCCCCACGUGACGCCCGCGCCGCGCGGGGGCGGCUCCGGUUCAUUCAUAAAUCCCGGGGCCGCCCCGCACCGAGCGCAGCGGCGGCGGCGAUGGAGCCCCGGUCCCGGCUGUAGGACGUGCUCGGGCUGGGACGGACCAUGAGCGAUGACCCGACACCGUGGGACAACGCGACGGAGAGCGCGACGGCGGUGCCCGGUGAGGUGUCCCCCCAGGAUGGGUACGUGCUGCUCCUUGCCCUCCUCUCCAUCUUCAUUGGCGGCACCCUGGUCCUGCUCUCCAGCAUCCUGAUCAUCUGCCGCCGGUGCUGCGAGGCCGACCGCCGGCACUCCCGAGCCAGUGAUGACCCUGAGAAAACCAACACCACCUACCUGGAGGACUCGCAGCCGGCCCAGGAUAUCACCAUCAAAGUGGAGGACCCCGACUGCCUCUCAUCCUCCAGCUACCGGGAUGCGGAGAGCGAGCGGUUCCUGUCCUCCAGCUCCUCCACCGCCCGCCGCGUGUCCUUCAACGAGGCCGCGCUCUUCGAGCAGGGCAAGAAGACCCAGGAGAAGGGGAGGAGGUACACACUGACCGAGGGGGACUUCCACCACCUGAAGAACGCGCGGCUGACGCACCUGCACCUGCCGCCUGCCCUCAAGAUCGUCACCAUCCACGAGUGCGAGUCCAGCGAGCACAGCCUGGCCAUGACCCCGCGCCUGCCACCAGCCAAGCCCGGCCUCGCCAUCUUCCAGCCCCCGGCGGGGGCUCUGCCGCAGCCGCUGCUCCCCAGCUCGGCGCUGCCCGGGGACACCUACAACUCCAGCGCUGACACCAGCUUCAGCCAGGCCAGCCCGGCAGCCUCCUCCGACUCCGGGGAGGGCCCCUCGCCGGUAGCAGCACCCAGGAGCGGAAUGGGCAGUGCCGGCCCCGGGGAGCCCCCCCCGGCCCCCACGCAGGGCACGGUGCUGCAGUUCUUCACCCGCCUGCGCCGCCACGCCAGCCUGGACGGGGCCAGCCCCUACUUCAGGAUCAAGAAGUGGAAGCUGGAGAGCACCCAGCGGGCGUCCAGCCUGGACACCAGAGGGUCUCCCAAGCGGCGGCAGUUCCAGCGGCAGCGGGCGGCCAGCGAGAGCAUGGACCAGGAGGACCGGGACCCACACCAGACUGACAUCAUCCAGUACAUCGCCCGCACGGACGACGUGGCCUUCCACCCGGCGGGCAGCCCCUUCCUGCCCCCCCCAGCCAGCCCCCCACCCUCUCUCGGCAGGUUAGAGCCGGGUGAGGGCAGCCCCGGCGAGGCCGCGGUCCCAGAGCCCCCCAGCGCCUACCAUGACAUCUGGAGCCUUCGCGCCUCGCUGGAGCUCUAUGCCUCCUCCGAGCGCAGCAACGACCAGGACUCGGUGCGCAGCGACGGUGGGGACAGCGUCUCCUCCGCCGGCGGCUUCCCCCCCUGCCCCUCUUCACCCCUGGAUGAGGCCGAAGGCCCCGAGGAGAAGCUCUGGGGUCGGCCCAAGCCGGAGGAGUCGGAGCCCGGCACGCGCAAACUGCUGCAGAUGGACAGCGGCUACGCCUCCAUUGAGGCUCCAAGCCGGGGGGGCGAGGAGGGGACCCCCAAGGACCAGACAGCCUCCGAGAAGCGCAUUUGCUUCACCAGCGCGGGGCGGAAAGGCACCAUCUUCGAGAGCUUCGAGGGCCGGGAGCCGGAGGAGGAGGAAGAGGAGGAGGAGGAGGAGGAGGAGGAAGGGAGCGUGGUCCGGGGUGCAGCUGGGGGGGGUCUCCCCCGUCCCCACAGCCCCCUGGCCUGGUCCCCAUACGGGCAGAUGUUCCCGGGGCGGGAGGCGCUGCCCCGGCGGGACUACAGCAUCGACGAGAAGACGGACGCACUCUUCAAUGCCUUCGUGCGCCACGACCCCCAGUUUGACGAGUCCCCACUGCGGGGCAAGCACCGCUCCCGCACCCACCUGCGUAAGCAGUGGCAGCACACCAAGCAGUACAGCGACCCCGGCGUGCGCUACCCGGCCCUGGAGCGGCACCGCACCCCGCUGCGCCGUGGCGACAGCGCCAACUACCCCCUGGACACCCGCUUCCACAGCCCCCUGCCCCGCAUUGUCAGCGCCGGCGACGAGGAGGCGGCGGAGGCGGCCGAUGGGGUCCCCCCCGCCCCGGCACUGCCCGACCCCGAGAUCCAGGUGAUCGUGGAGGAGGAACCCGGAGAAGCGGGGCCCGAGCCCAGGGGCGGCCCCGAGCCCCCCGGGGAUUGCCCUGGCCCCGGCAGGUGCCUGGGGCUGGGCUCCGGCUCGGAGCUGGUGAUGGACAAGAUCGCGGGCGGCAUCGAGGAGCGGCUCUAUGGGCACCUGAGGAAGGCAGGAGGGAGCCUCGAGCACACGGUGGCCGUGGCUGCCAGCGACGCCCCCCCCGACCACAGCCCUGUCUAAGGCCCAGCGCAAGGGGGAGAGACCCUGGCACAGGGGUUUGGGGCUCGGCAGGGCCAGGAGGAUGCGUGGGGGCCCCUGGCUGUACCCCUGGUGUGGGGUCCGGCAGCGUGGGGUGGCCGAGGCGCCAGGCACAGAGCCCCGGGGGGGUGAUGGGAUGGAGCAGAGCAAGGAGGGGAUGGAGCCCUGAGCCCAGCUCUGUAGCGGACGCGCUCCCGGUGUUCACAAGCAAUAAUGUCCCUGGUGCAGCCGGGAUGGCCCGGUGAGGAUGGGGCCAGAACUGGGUGCCCCCCCUGCCCCACCGCUGGUGGGAAGGGGGGGGGCGGUUAUUUGGGGAGGGGGAGUCCCCUCCUCAAGCCCACUCCCUCCUCCCUCCAGUUCUGCAGGGAUCCUGGGAUCUAAACUGGAAGCCACAGGGGUGGCCGUGCUGGGGCAAGAGGAUGCUCGAGGGGCUCCUGUGGCAGCAUCCCAAGGGCUGGGGAGGAGGAAUGAGCCCUGGGCCCCCCCAAAGCACCCCUAGAGAGGGGUGGGGGCUGCCUGGGUGUAAAGGGCAAGAGCCAAGUGUGGGUGACCCCUGAGUGCUCUGCACCCCCCCUGCCCUCCCCAGGAGCUUGAGGCCCUCAGAGGAUUUGUAUUGGUGGGUACAGAAGCAGCGGCUGCUCCGUGGGGGGGGGGUUGCUUUUUAGUGG